UUAUUCCUCUCCAGGUGCAAACCAACCAUUGAUCCAACGACGUUCGAACUGGGAUGUCUCGGCCCAGCUGUGAGUAAUGGCUCGAUAUUUUCCUUCUGCGUUUGGUUUUACUUAACAUUAGCAAUAACGGUUAAAAUUUUAUUGUUUACAUGUAUCUGAGUACCCAAGUAUAGCUUUUAGCAUUACCUCAAGAUUCCCUUUGUUUUCCUCAGCAGCUUGCCAUUAUUGUGGUUCUGUCAUGUCUCAAACGAAGAAGCAAAUUGAAACUUGAACACUGUCAUGGUUAUCCCGGGCUCUUGGUGUAAGUAUUACCUUCUUUACAGUUGUAUUCUCUGCACAGUUAGUAUAUGACAUAUAUUGUAAAAUAUUUUCUUUUUUUCUUUUUUUGUUUUCAGACCAGUCAACUUUUUACGCAGUUUUAGCUACAGCAACAGGUUUACCAUUGCUGCUACGUUUGGAGCCACGGCCAAUUCUUGCCUAGGCCUUUUUUUUUCUCUCACUCCUGUCGCAUUUGCCUUCCCGAGUGUUCCUGGUUGGUUGAAUGGUGAGAAAAUGGUAUUAUCCAUUUAUAAUAUUUCCUACUUUAAAACAUGCUUAUCCCGAUCGAUGUAAAGUUCCCGUCUUCAUAAUUAACAUUUGCCUUUUCCUCGGCACUUUCUUUAUGCAAAAGGAUGUUCAUUCUCACAAAUAUUCCUUAGACAGUGGUUGUCAUCCAUAGAGUGGUGUUUUUGCUAUUCUUGCCAUGUCUUUAUGCGGUAAUUCGGAUUUUUCGUCUUCGCAUAACUUGCCAAACCCUCCGCUAUUUUCUCCAGCUCUGAACUGCCAAAGCGGCUGUGCGACGGCGCCGCCGUCUGUCUCUUUUUCUGUCAAUAACUAAAAUUGAAGUCACUUCUAUUGAUUUCGGCAAACAUCUUCCAAAUUUGGUCAAUGCUAGUUGGUUAUGAAGAAUCAACCGGGAGGUUAAACUAGAAGCCAAUCAGAAACGGCGAAAUAGUUUGAAUGAAUAAUAGUACUGAUCAUUAAAAGUAACUGUCAACUACAACCUCGGACAAAACGUGUUGAGAAACAUCACAAAAAAUAACCAUUUUUUUUUCAGUCAUCCUGGCAAAAAAUAGAAACGGUCACCAAAUAAAUGCCCGUUUCACCCCCUCCCCUUAUCCAAUGUUGCUUAGGGUCACGAGAAUUAAACUGUUGGCUUUUGACCAAAACUGCAUUAAUAGAGGGUGGGAGCUUUCAUUUCCCUCCGUCGAUUCAGGAUAUACCAAUGUCAUUAUCCAGACUCCAUUUGAGAUAAGAUCGGUUUUAUUUUGAAUUUAUUUAUUUUGAUAAUUAUAAUUUUGUACUUUAGGGUACGUUCAUGUGAAGUUUAAUUUUGCAAUUUCUUUCAGUUUUCGUGAAAAUAUUUUCUGUUCUUGUGUAUGGAAUACUGUUCUACCCAUUCUUUGCGUGCCUUACAACUGAAUACAAGCUGGUUGGAUCAUCUCUUGGAUUUCUUUAUGCUGCUAUAAGGUUAGACAAUGCCUCGUGAUUUAACGAUAAGGUUGUAAAUGAAUCCUAACUGGUUAUCGACUUGUGUAUAAUAUCGGUCCUUAUGACUUGCUGUAGAUGCUGGAGUGUUGCGUGUCGACAUACGCAAUUCUUUUGAACUGCUGUUUGCUUCUUCAUCAUGAUUUUUCGCUGCAUUCAAAGUUAAAGUAAAAAAGUAUAUAUGUUAGAAAAAUUUCUCCUCGAUUCAACUAUUUAAAUUAUCCUAGAGCUGGGAAAUACUCUCCGGGCGUAGACGGUUGAUCAAGCCAAUCCAGCUGCUCGAAAGGUUCUUUGAGAGUGUGAAAAGUUUCUCAAGGUCAAUGGAAAAGGCCUGGCCAUCAGUGACACUUUCAGGGUACCCUGAAAGCGCUAUUUCUGGCCUCAUUGGGAGUUCAAGUGGUGCUAAUUUUGGCGUACAUAUGCCACCAAAAGAUAGAACUGUCAUUAGAUAUAGCCUUUGAUGAGAUCUGCAAGUUGAUUAAAUGAGGCUGAGUAUGAUAUCGUGAAGAGUUUUUCAGAUCGAGGAGGCCGGUGGGGCUUCGGCGGAUAACCACCUUCCUAGUUCUGCAUACUCUUUAUAUCAUAGGAAAUUUUAAUUCAGUAAUACGUGUUCUCAAUUCAAAAUAUUUCUUAGUUCCUAACAUCACAACCUUGUCGCAAACGUUCUUUAAAGCAGCAUUUGCCUGUUUCCUUGGGACAGUUUCAGACCAAAAAAGCGCAGGCGAUAUCCGUCAAGCGAUGUUUUCGUUCAUUUUUAGUCAGUAAUUCGGCUACUUUCGUCUUGGCAUAGCUAUGAAUAGCCUGCGUCACAGAAUUAAUCUAACCCCGCCGAGAUCCUUGUUGUGGACACUCAACUGACUCAACGAAUCACCCGAAGUGCGUUUCCAAUUUUUAACAGGCCAAUCAUGUCGCGUAUUCAAAUCCUGGUACACAGCUAGGGGACAAAAACAAGGAUUUCGGCGCUGGCUCGCAGACGGGCUUAGCCAGAGGUUUAGCUUUUUAGUGUGUGGUGCAGAUACAUAAACUGUUUUGCCGUUUUCUUGAGUUCUACACUCAUGACAAUGAAGCUACCACCACCGUGCUGCUGACUUGCGUGACGUUAAUGAUUGUAUGUUGGCAAUAAAAAAUCAUUGAUCUCAGAGUUACUGACGUCAUCAAUAAUUUUUUAUUAUACGCAUCUUCCAAAUGACGUCAUGACAAAUAGGAUGUCGUGCCUCUGGAGACAUGUGACGUUCCAAAUGGCUCUUAUCUUUCUAUUUUUGUUACUAUUCCAUCGAUGUCUUGCACAAGUCAUGUCACUUAUGACGUAAUAUAUCGUAACAGAAAAUACUGAAUGUAAGUUAUUGUUUUUCGAUUUUUAAGUAGAUGGCGUAAAAGUGAAAAAUAAAACAGCAAUAUCGACUGCGUGUGUAAUCCUUUUGCUAAAUUACGCAGCCAUUAAUAGUGAUAAAAGGCAAAAACAAAUGAAUUAAAACACGCUUGUUUCUGGAGUCGAAGCCUAAGCUAACCGUAAAACCUUCGUUAACCAGCCUUUGUUAGAUCAGAGUCCUGGAUUUCGUUCAAGGACCUUUUCUAUAUUACAUAAUACUCCAUGUUAUCUUUCCACUUUUAACUUCUAUUUUUGUGUGUUUUUAGGUUCUGUUUCGAUCUUGGAAUUUAUUUUCAAUGUGAGAGUUAUUACAAAGUAAGAAAGUAUAUUGAGCCUAAUACUACUUAUCGCUAGUCUUUUUUCAAGUGAAUUAAGAACUCGUGUUAUUACGCUGGUCCCUUAUGUAUCAUAAUGGGUGGAUGCAUGGAUGGAUCGAUUGUGAUCGCCCGAUCGUCAAUACUUGACAAUAACGCCUUUAGUAUAUACUAAAACAGUGGAUAGUGUUUUUCGCGCGCUCUGAUUGGCUACUCAAUCAGUGAAUAUCCUGCACUAUUCACAGAUUCACCUCCAGUUCCUCCGAGCGAGCGACGCCAAACUCGCGUAGGUUGCGAGCAAAAUGCUUUCCUGGUUUGCUGCCGUAACAAACUAAGAAAUUUCACGACUAAUCAAGCAAGCUAUUUCCAAAAUACAUGAAGAAGGUGACGAAGUUCGGUUUGGAAGUUUUAACAGGUAAAGCUUUGUCUUUUUGACUUGAAUAGUUAUCGAUAAAAUUUUUUGUUUACAAAUGCAAAUUAAGCUUAAGUCUUGCGUUACUUUAUUCAGUUGACUUGUUCAUAAAUAAGCUUAAAGCUAAAUUUAAUAAUCUUUUUUACAGAAUUAUUUUAAAUACAAACAGAAUGCACAACUCCUUUUGAAGAAACUUCCCCGCGAGAGCUAAACAAACGCCUUCAAAAGUUUUAUUUGUCGCUAAGAAAAAGCGACGACCGCUGCCGUUCGGUCAUCGCGCGUCAAAAUUGUAAUCGUUGGCAACAGUAAAUGAGUUAAAAAUCAUCAUUUUGUGCUCAAUUAUCUCACUGUUUUAGAAUAUACUAAAACAAUUAUUCACCUCGCUGUCGGUGGCUAGUAGUGGGUAUUUACCUCGCCGCCUCGCGGCCUCGGUAAAUAUCCAAUACUAGCCACCUCCACUUCGGUGAAUGAUUGUUAUUUAUUUCAUAUAUAUGAGUGAAUGAUGAAGCGAAUCAUGUGUUCUGAUUGGCUCCCUGGGCGGGCAAGAUGGACCCAAAUUUUAAAAUGCGUCCGCGCGAGUACCACAAACUUGUCAUGUCGAGAGGGAGCGCGAGAGAGUCGACCACUUCUUCAUUUCCAGAACAAAAUACAUGUUGUAACAAAGUUUAAGAUAUUCAUAACUUUUCACAAAAAUCAGUUAUGUGAGGGGCUCUCAAGCAUUGAAAACAUCGGCCUCCAACAAAUAAUAUUAUUUUCAACAUGACGUGGCUGUUUAACGCAACGUCGUGCAAUUGCAUUUUGACAAGGAUCUUCUGAAAUGUAUUUUUAUUGUUCACUUCAUUUUGGGGUGAAAGAAGGAAUCUGCUUUAUAUUGGGUUCCUGAGCUUCCUCCCAACCAUCUUGUGUUUGUUGUUCAUCACUCUACGAUUUGCUGUUUUGCUCAUCCUGGAAGUCCGAAGAAAGUGGUUCUUGACCAUAAAUGGCGACCAAGAGGUUAUAUUAGUUUACGAGUUACUCUUUUGUAUGCAAGCAAAUUCUCAUGCCUAUUAGAAUCGCUCCUCUUACAACACUAAAGGAUCUUGAAUUGUAUAAACUUUCAUAUUUCAUGGCCGUCAAGUAAAACUAAAAUUUAUUAAUCUGGUGUGUUUUAAGGGACUCUUGCAGAGGGCAGUUAAAACCAGUGAGAUGUGUUUGGCUGCAGAACCCGUAAUAAAACAUGUCAAGCAGAUACUUACUCCAGGA